UCGGCGCUCGACUAGUCAGCCUAGAAGGGGUGGAGAAGUGUCAUGUGAAUUGGGAAGUAUGGCUGCAGUCAAAUAGCUUGUUUUGAAGCAGUUCUUUGAAGAGGCAUCAGUCACCGUGAUUGCUUCUUCUUGGCGAAACCAGCAUCACAAAAUACCUGCUACAUAAAUUAGGCUGAUUCAUCAUCUUUUGUGAAGAGAAGGUUUACGUUACACAGUUUUCGGAGCAUGUCAUUUGAGAUAGCUAGCUAACGCUAGACAAAUAGAAUCCUUCCAGGGGGCUUUAGUUAGGUUCCAGCGUUCAUAACCCAAACGCGAGAACCACCUGGAGAUAUCUUUAACCACAGUGAGGGGGCACGGUGUAUAUUUUAGUAUUGUUCAUUGUUAGGGCUAUCGACUUUAAACUGGCUUUUUAGUCGCAUUCUCCAUUACUACACGUUCUUGUAGGUAGUCUACCGGUUGUUAGCUUGCUUAGUUAGCUUGUGAUUGUUGGGAGCCUGUGGUAUUAAAACUUCUAUUUAUUAUUACUUGGAUUAGGUCGUUACAGAGUUUAGCUGAAUCAUAAUUUGUCAACAGUACAACUGGCUUCCUAGCAAACUGCGGAUCGUAUUGUUGGCUUUACCACAACCUAGCUGCUCGAAGUUCUUUUCUGCGUCCACAUAUUGUAUGAACUUGCUAAGGCAACCGGCUGGUUGGCUAACGUUAGUAUAUACAGGCAUUGCUAUAUUCUAAAGGUAGCAGAAUUAUGUGCUAACUGAGUCUGGUUUUUAAUUUAUCGUUUUAUCUAGGGUAGGGUCAUAUUCUGUUGAGGUCACUGCCUACUCAAAGCACUUUGCUAGCUGCGUCGCUCGACAUUUUGCCUUUUUGUGAAAAUGAACACAGAGAAGGAUUUCUCCCCUUUGACACCCAACAUCGUGAGAGCUCUCAACGACAAACUUUACGAAAAGAGAAAAGUUGCUGCCUUAGAAAUUGAGAAGCUUGUGCGGGAGUUUGUAGCCCAGAAUAAUUCAACCCAGAUACGACAUGUCAUCCAGAUCCUGGCUUCUGAGUUUGCCCUGUCACAGCAUCCCCACAGCCGCAAAGGGGGCCUGAUCGGCCUGGCAGCUUGCUCCAUCGCUCUGGGAAAGGACUCCGGGCUCUACCUGAAGGAGCUGAUCGAGCCGGUCCUCACCUGCUUCAACGACUCGGACAGCCGGCUGCGGUACUACGCCUGCGAGGCGCUGUACAACAUCGUGAAGGUGGCCCGGGGGGCCGUGCUCCCCCACUUCAACGUGCUCUUCGACGGGCUCAGCAAGCUGGCUGCGGAUCCUGACCCCAACGUAAAGAGCGGCUCUGAGCUCCUGGAUCGACUCCUGAAGGACAUUGUGACGGAGAGCAACAAGUUUGACCUGGUGGCCUUUGUCCCCUUGCUGCGUGAGAGGAUCUACUCCAACAACCAGUAUGCUCGCCAGUUCAUCAUAUCCUGGAUCCUGGUGCUGGAGUCGGUCCCUGACAUCAACCUCCUUGACUACCUGCCAGAAAUCCUGGACGGUCUCUUUCAGAUUCUGGGGGACAGCAGCAAGGAGAUCCGCAGAACCUGCGAGGUUGUCCUGGGUGAAUUCCUCAAAGAGAUUAAGAAGACCCCGUCCAGCGUUAAGUUUGCGGAGAUGGCCAACAUCCUGGUCAUCCACUGCCAGGUGUCCGAUGAGUCCAAGAUGACGAAUGACCUGAUCCAGCUGACGUCCAUGACGUGGAUGAGGGAGUUCAUCCAGCUGGCCGGCCGCGUGGUGCUGCCGUACUCCUCCGGCAUCCUGACCGCCGUGCUGCCCUGCCUGUCCUACGACGACCGCAAAAAGAACACCAAAGAGGCGGCCAGCGCCUGCAACCACAGCCUGAUGAAGCUGGUGACUCCCGAGGAUGACGAGGAAGAGGAAGAGAAAGGACAGGUCAGCGGCGACACCCCCACCCGGGAGGACAGCCCCCCGAAGACUCUGGAAGAGCUGAACAAUUCUCUGAAUGCGUCACAAGACUCUGUUGGGUUCAGUAACAUCAGCUUCUUCACACCCACCAGUGCUGACCGGGCCCAGGUGACUCUGGACCUGGACGGGAUUGUUCAGGUGCUGGACCGGCACCUGCAUGACUCCACCACCGGCAUGAUGACCCGCAUCGCCGUGCUCAAGUGGCUGUACCACCUCUACAUCAAGACGCCGCGCAAGAUGUUCCGACACACGGACAGCCUGUUCCCCAUGCUGCUCAAAACGCUGUCGGACGACUCGGACGAGGUCAUUCUCAAGGACCUGGAGGUGCUGGCGGAAAUCGCGUCCUCCCCGGCCGGGCAGACGGACGCCGCCGGGUCAUGUGACAGCACUGACGGCAAAUCGGAGCUCCAGGUUCCGGCGCCGGCGGGGCAGCCUGCAUUUAAAGCGGCUGACUCCUCCCCUCCCUGCAUGAAUUCCUACUUCUACAAGUUCAUGAUCAACCUGCUCAAGCGCUUUAGCCUGGAGAGGAAACUACUGGAGAACAGGGGUGCUUUCAUCAUCAGGCAGCUGUGCCUCCUCCUGCACGCGGAGAACAUCUUCCACUCCAUGGCGGACAUCCUGCUGAAGGAAGAGGACCUCAAGUUUGCCUCCACCAUGGUGCAGACGCUCAACACCAUCCUGCUCACGUCUGCCGAGCUCUUCCAGCUGCGUAACCAGCUCAAGGACCUGCGCACACAGGAGAGCUGUGCUCUGUUCUGCUGCCUGUACCGCUCCUGGUGUCAUAACCCUGUGGCCACCGUGUCCCUCUGCUUCCUGACCCAGAACUACCGGCACGCCUACGACCUCAUUCAGAAGUUCGGUGACCUGGAGGUGACGGUGGAUUUCCUGAUGGAGGUGGACAAGCUGGUGCAACUCAUCGAGAGCCCAAUCUUCACAUACCUGCGCUUGCAGCUGCUGGAUGUGGAGAAUAACCCCUACCUGAUUAAGGCUCUGUACGGCCUCCUCAUGCUGCUGCCCCAGAGCCAGGCCUUCCAGCUGCUGUCCCACCGGCUGCGCUGUGUACCCAACCCCGAACUUAUGAGGACGCUGCCCGAUUCGAAGCCCCCCGAGUCUUGCCGUACGACCCCGUCCCACGUGAACUACAAGGAGCUGCUGCAGCACUUCGACCGGGUCCAGAGCAAGCACCUGGAGGUGCGGCACCAGCGGGCCGGCCGGGCCGAGCACCCCGACAGGAAGCUGGUGCUGUGAGGGGCGGAAGUGGAGGCCGAAGCAUGCCCCUCAGCGCCAGGGCACCGCGCCGAGCCCUGAUGCACACGCUCUCAUACAUAUAUACACACACACAGAGACACACACGUGCACAUACAUACAUACAUACACACACAGAGACACACACACACACGCGCACAUACAUACAUACACACACACAGACACACACAUGAACGCACGCACACACAUACACACACACGCAUACAUAAAACCACACGCACAUACUACGUGCACACAUAUAUACAUACGCACACAGAGUCACACACAUGCACACGCAUACACAUACACACACACACACGUACACACACACACACGGUCUCUGGAAAUGGGACCAGCUCAAUUGACAGGAAAAUGACAUGGCUGCUCCCCUCGAAGCCAGCCCAGUUUUUAAGUGUUGACCAUACCGUUAGGACCGUACCGUUAGGCAUGAAGGAUGUAAUGUGGUCGUUACUUUUCUGAUUUAUUAUUAUUAUUUUUUUUAAAUAAUUGAUUUUUUAAAAAGUGCUUUUCAUUUAGGUGUUAAAGAGUUAGUGCCUAAUUUGUAUGCGCGUGCGUGUGUGUAUUUGAUGUAUACAUAUAGUCAAUGUGGGCACACACUCCUCGCGCACACACACACACACACACACACACACACACACACACACACACACACACAGUCACCACACUGAACGUGUGGUGGAAAGGUCCAGCUGUGCUCUGUUCUGAUCCACAUAAUUAUGCCUUGGCUUGGAUCACCUCUGAUGGUUUACAUUCAUCCUCAGUGAUAAUGGACAGUUGAAACUCCGCCUCCCUGGCUACAAUGGCCACUGUACCUCUCGUAUUGCACUGAUGUUGGUAAAAUCGUGUUUGAACAGGCUGGUCGUCUGCCCCCAUCUGAGCCCCCUGCUGUCUGUCUGCUGAUGGUUGUCAUAGUCGCUCUGGGCCUGAGUUUGGGGACUUAUGUCUGGGCCUAUCACCUGUGACCGCGGGCACAGAGAAGGGGGGGAGGGGGCGCGAUCUCUUCCCCUGGAUUGAAUUUUGUACCCUGAGCUUAAACACUGCUGGAACAGUUUCUGCCUCCCUCUCUCUACUUCUUCACUCCCUUCUUUUCUCUUCUUUCCACUGAGCUUUUUACACAUCCCUCUCCUCCCUCUCCCUCUCCCCAGAAUCCUCCCUUCAUUGGGUACUUCCUCAUCCUCCUUUCCCCUCUCUGUCUCAGUCCUUCUCUUGGUCACAUGUUCUCUCUGGCCCUGGUGUUUAUCAUGUCCUCACUGCUGUCUUGCAUCAGCUGACAUUUCCCUCGUUUUCUGUCGCUCCACCCCUUCACCUCCUCCCAUCUUUCAUCCUUCGAUCUCUCCUCCUUUCUCUCUCUCCCUUCCUCCUUCCGGCUGCUUGUAUCAGAGCUAUGGACCUGCUGUGUAAAGACCUCUCUGUAAUCAAUAAAACAUGGACCAUGUGUUAGAACUUUAA